AUCGCGUCGGGUGAAGCCGAACACGCCAUGCUCGCGCGCGUCAUUUCCGAACUCACCUCGAAACAGAACCAAAUCUCGGCCGACCUCGUCAAAUGGCGCCAGGUCCUCUGUCCCAUUCGUCGGAUUCCGCCUGAACUCCUUGCAGAGAUAUUUUCGUACUUUAUGGCUCCACUGAAGAGAAGAAAUUAUGCAUGGGACGUGAAGGGGCACUCGAGGGACAAUCCGUUGGUUUUGACACACGUCUGUGCGGUGUGGAGGAGGGUAGCUUUCGAUACCCCGAGACUGUGG